UGAUUGUGAUUAGUAUUUCUGGUUAAAUAAACGGAUUGCAUGGGUUGCUGUCGCUCUUCUCGCGAAAUUUGGAGCAAUUUGACCAAUAAUUAAGCUAUUUCCGGGUUUGGAUGUGACUGUAGAGGACAGAUCGCACGUUUGAGUGGCAAAUUAAAUAGUUCGAAGUUACACUGUUUCGAAGACAGAGCCGUAUUAAUCGAUUGUAUCCUGUUAAGCUAAAGGAAUGCAUAGCCUUGGUAUGUAGCCGCAGCUAAUAUACACAGUGCCUGCUCGAUAAGUCUGCUGUGGGUCACAUGAAGUGAGUUUGAAAAGGAAGGCAGGCAGGAUGGCGGAUCUACAACAGGAGGGAAGCAGUGGAAAGCUCAACCCUUCGGACGAAAACGGCCACACUGACAGCCCAGACGAGACCCUGUCCCCCACUUCUGUCAUUUAUUUCAAGGAGGCUCUGAGCUCGUCUAGCGUCAGGUUUGGUUCACCCCAGUCUCUGUCACCCACCCCACUUCGACGUGAUGACUUCCAGAUUAAGAAACCCGAGUCAAGGCUCAAAAAUCCUAAAGACCCUAUUGCAGUUGAAAGGCUUAACUUGAUGAACAUGGCCAAACUGAGCAUCAAAGGUCUCAUUGAGUCAGCUCUUAACUUGGGACGUACUCUGGAUUCUGACUAUGCACCCCUGCAGCAGUUUUUUGUUGUGAUGGAGCACUGUUUGAAGCAUGGUUUAAAAACCAAGAAGACGUUCCUUGGUCAGAACAAGUCAUUCUGGGGAGCGCUUGAACUGGUUGAGAAGCUAAAUCCUGAGGCUGGAGAGAUAACUGCCAGUGUAAAAGACCUUCCUGGACUCAAGACACCGUUGGGACGAGGGCGUGCCUGGCUCAGACUGGCUUUGAUGCAGAAGAAGCUCUCUGACUACAUGAAGACUAUCAUCAACAGAAAGGAUCUGCUCAGUGAGUUCUAUGAGCCAAAUGCAUUGAUGAUGGAAGAGGAGGGAGCAGUGAUUGCUGGGCUGCUUGUUGGGCUAAAUGUAAUUGAUGCAAACCUAUGUAUGAAGGGGGAAGACUUAGAUUCACAGGUUGGAGUGAUUGAUUUCUCCAUGUAUCUUAAAGAUGGUGGAAACACUAGUAAAAGUGCAGAGGGUGAUGGUCAGAUCACCGCCAUCCUUGAUCAGAAAAAUUAUUUAGAAGAGCUAAAUAGACAGUUAAGUGCAUCGGUUUAUAACCUUCAGGCCAAAUCUGAUGCUCUGGAAAAAUCAAAUGCUCGACUUACAGAAGAGCUUGCAGUGGUAAACAACCGGUUCAUCACUUUACAAGAAGAAGUGGAAAGGGUAAAAGAAGAGAGUUCACAUCAGUUGGAGUCAAGAAAGGCAGUAAGAAGUGACUCUGCGAACGGCCAGGCACUGGGUGAAACUCGCAAGCAGCUCAAAGAGGAAACCCAGCUCAGAUUGGAUGUGGAGAAGGAGCUGGAAGUACAAAUUGGGAUCAAACAGGAGAUGGAGCUGUCCAUGAAGAUGCUGGAGAAAGACAUUUGUGAAAAGCAGGAUGCACUGGUGGAGCUCAGACUGCAGUUAGAUGACAUGCGAGCCAUCCACCUACAGCUUAGCCACAAGGCCCAGAGUGCAGAGGCCAGCUCUAAACAGAAAAGUGAAGCAAUUAGCCGAAUGGAGGAGAAAAUAAACCAAAUGUCAGGAACCAUAAAACAACUGGAAGCCAGAUGCAAACAGGCGGAGAAAGAGAAGGAAUUGGCCUUAGAGGCCAACCGCCUCUUCAAACUCGAGUUUGGUGAUAAAAUUGAGAGUCUACAGGAAGAAGUGGAGCAUCUGAAGAAACACAGGUCAAAACUGCUGUAUCAAAUAAAGAGGCAGCAAGAACACAGAGGUGAACAUCAAGCCCACAUUGUACCCAGGCAGUUAAGCGCACCGCAAAGGGAAAGGAGGCAAACUGAAACAACGGCUACGAGUCUGCCAGAAUCUAAUUUGGUGAAAAAGGGCAGUCAGCAGUCCCUCUCAGGACAGGAGGACCAGGCCAGUCUGAGUUCCAGUUUAUCUUUAUCACAUCAUGAGGAUGAGCAGGAUGAGUCAUUUUUAGAAAUCACUCAGACCUCUGUUUGUAUCAAGUGUGAACAGCAAGACUCUCUGCUCAAAGUUAAAAAACAGUGUAAGAACUGCAGUGGUGUCUUCUGUGAAAGCUGUGUAUCCAACGAGCUGCCUUUGCCGUCCUCCAUUCUCCCAGAGUGUGUGUGCAGUGACUGCUAUGGCUUGCUACUCCAGCAAUAUGCUUCAUCCCCUACCUGAAAAUGCUUUUACAGCUAGACUGGCAGUUCAUCCUUUAAAUCUUCUGAAAGCCAAAUAUCGAAGUAUGCUUACGCACUUUAUAAAGAAAUUAACUGGAGUCAAAGAUGUCUUAAUGUUUGACAAUAAUGGAGGGAGUGUUUUGCAAAUAUGUGAUAUAAGAGGAAAUAGAGUUCAACUUUUAAGAUGUGAGGAGCCCAUCAUCUCAUUAAUUUAAUUUUAUCAUGUCCACUAUGUGGAUUUUUACCUUUUAGCUGAUACAUUGUAACAUAUUACUAACAAGGGUACAUUUAUUUUAUUUGCUGAUGAAAAAAAAAAUGUGCCAGUGCAUAGUCUAUGCAAAAUUAUCCACAUACUAACAACUGCGCCUCCCAUUUAACUUGGCUUCUGUAAGAUGCAGAGAUGGGUGUUCUAGUUUACUGUAAAACUUGCACAUACCAAGAGACUCCAUUAUGUAAAAUUGUGCAUGUUUGCAAGCAUGAAUAAAGAAAAAUAGUUUAAGCUA